CAAGAUACUGGUGCCUCUCGUCUCCGAUCCUCGGCUCUCUCUCUCUAUAAGAACCCCUCCCCCCUCUCCGUCGUACGCUCUGACACACGCAUCAUCACCUACCUCGACGACACACACAAACACGUACGUACGCAGCCAGCCGCCGAGACAACUCGUACGAACAGCUAGCGCUGAGGAGAGGAGUGAGCGAGUCAGCUAGGCCAGCUGCCGGCCUGCAGCAGAACGGGAGCUAGCUAGCUACCACUGCGGUGCGGAGCAAACCUGCCGCGAUGGAAGGUGUGCCGGAAGACAAGUGCACCCUUAUCGCGGAGCUGGUGCGAGUACUGGAGAUGGCGAGGCAGCUCGAGACGUACAUGGCGGUCCAGCAGCAGCAGGGCGACGCUGCCGGCGGGGACCAGCGGUGCCGGGCGCUGGUGAGCACCAUGCGCGCCUGCAUCGACAGGGCGGUGUCCUGCUGCGCCGAGGGGCGUCCGGACUCGCCGCCGUCAGGUGGGGAUGGCAGUCCGCGCAGCGGCGUGUCGGACCAGGCCGGCGGCGAGUUUCGGGGUCGCGGCAAUGCGGCCGGCCAGUGCAAGAAGAGGAAGACGCUGCCCAAGUGGAGCAGCCAGGUGAGGGUUAGCGCCGUGCAGGACGUGAGCCCCCUCGACGACGGCCUCAGCUGGAGGAAGUACGGCCAGAAGGACAUCCUCGGCGCCAAGUACCCAAGAUCCUACUUCCGGUGCACGCACAGGCACACGCAGAGCUGUCAGGCAAGCAAGCAUGUGCAGCGCACGGACGGCGACCCGCUGCUCUUCGACGUCGUGUACCACGGCAGCCACACGUGCGCCCAGGCCCAGGGCGCCGCCGCGCGCCCCGUCAACCAGCCGGCUCAGCAGCAAACGGACACGGAGCAGACGACCUCCCCGGGGUUCCAAGCAGGGCCCGCCGUGCUGCCGUUCUCGCUCCGUCCGGCAUCCAACAAGCCGCCGGGCGCCCACGACGCCGGCGACGGCGCGACGAGCAGCCGUUUCAUCGCGACCGGCUGUACUGUCACCGCGUCUCCUUUCGUGUCCCCGGCGACGUCAGAGUGCCGGAUAGUUAGCGGCGGCUACGCGUUGGGAGGUGGCGUGACCAUGGCCGGCGUCCGGAACGUGCCUGAUGUUGAGCUCGCCGCCACGACCAACUCGCUUAUGGCUAUGGGACAGAUGGAUUUCAUGUUCCCGCUGGACGCCGCCAGUUUCUUGGAGCUGGAGAGUCCGGCCAGCUAUUGCUAAACGACACAAACGUGCUUGUCCCUACUGGUUUAGCGCGGAAACAUAUUAUUGAUAGGUAAAGACGACAAAGCUAAACGAACAAGCGUGCUUUAGCUCUCUCGCUUAGUGCUUGGCAUGUAAGUCUGCAAGGACACGCCGAGCCUUAUACUUUCUGUAUCCCAAUUUAUAAUUCAUUCGACUUUUUUGAAACAAGUUUGACCGACUUAUCUUAUUUAAU